CCAAAUUGGAUCCAUGGAUUAUGUAUAUACGUUAGCUGGCUGGGAGGAAAGAGGAAAGAGGAAAGUUGAAAAGGCAAACAAACAAUAGAAUUGCAUCCCAUCAUUAUGCUCUUGCUUUAUUUAACAAACCUUUAUCUUUCUUCAAUGAUCCUUCUCUGCAUAUUAGUAAGCAAACGAGAAAAAACAAGAUGUAUAAUACUAAGAAGACGGCCAAACAAAAAUGGGAGUCUCAUCUCCUGAUGAUUUCCGAGCUCCCCCUCCCUCCCCCGUGGCAUCCACCCGCCGGGCUUCCUUCACUGCCAACGAAGACGUCAUCUCAGAGUUCUUGGAUAAGUGUGCUCGAGUCCCAAAUCUUGUUUUGCCCGACAAGGUCUUCCCCAAGCACAAAUUCCUCCUGAACCCUCCCACCUUCGAUUUCCUCCGGCUCGGCUCCCCCUCUCCCCUCCUCCUUGAUGCCAUCACCACCAUCGGUUGUUUUCAGCUCAUCAACCACGGCGUUCCCGAGGCUACGCUGAGAGCCGCCACGGCCGCCGCUGACAAAACCAUGUUCCAAGAUGAGACAGAGGAGUUCGUUUUGUAUAAAGAUAUUGCUGAGGGACGUGCUUGUCAUUCACAUCUGAGGGAGUUGAUGGAUGAAGCAGAGAGGAUCGGGAAGGCAAUGAGAGAAAAGCUAGGAGGGAGAAGCCAAGAAGAAGAAGAAGAAGAAGGGGUAGGGGUUUGCUACGUGAAGAAGCAUACUGGCAAAAACGAAUCAAAAGAAGAAGCGAUAAGAGUGCUGAUAAGAGGGUAUGACGAAAGACACUCUCUGUGUCUCAGCUUCUGCCAAGCAGAGUUCCACGUCUACUCCAAGAGAGGUUGGAUCUCCUUCUCCCCACGCUCAGAUGCGGUCGUGGUGACGGUCGGGGAUCAAGGCUGGAGGGGCAGGUUCAAGGCUGUUGUGGGGAGGCCCCUUCUUUACAGAUCAGAUGACCAUGGAUCUCUUCCUCGCCAUUUCAUCUCUCUCUCCUUUCUCUACACUACGACUACUCUAGAUCGCCACAACAACAACCUAAGAGUUACUCAGAAGAAGAAUACCAUUUCCCUUGCCCAACAGCUCCUCUUUGCUCUCUUUCUCACACUCCUCUUCCCUUUUUUCCUUCCUUGAUCAUUUUAUACUUCUUGCUUCCUUUUUGUUUCUUUAUUACCAAGUGUCUCAGCAGCAUGUGUAUGUCAAUGUCAAUCUAUUCUUCGGCCUCUUAUCCAGCAGUUCAGGGCCUAGUUAUUCAAUUUUAAAGCCCAUUCAAAUUUCCUGCCCAAUCACUUUGUAGUUUUGUCUAUAUAUUUAUUGUGUGUAAAUGCUGAGAAUGGUAUGCAAAUUUUGAC